AUGUUAUCGUGUACUCGGAACGCUCUAACUGUGGCCAGCAGGGCUCAAGUAGCAGUACUGAGUCGUUGUAGUAGAGCCUUUGCUACUAAGGCUGAUCAAGUGGAAGAUAUUGAGUAUAAACGUCCGGCGUAUUUCGAUAAUGGUGCCACCACUGUUAUGGAUCCUCGUGUGCUCGAUGCAAUGUUGCCAUACUUCUGCAAUAUGUACGGCAACCCUCAUAGUCGAAGCCAUGCAUAUGGUUGGGAAGCUGACGAUGCAUGUGAGCAUGCUAGAGGACAGGUGGCCAGCUUGAUCGGGGCCAACCCUAAGGAGAUCAUAUUCACUAGUGGUGCCACUGAGUCCAACAACUUAGCUUUGAAAGGUGUCACCAACUACGCUAAGACGAAGACUGGGAAGAAACAUGUCAUCACAACCCAGAUAGAGCAUAAGUGCGUAUUAGCUAGUGCUCGUGCCUUAGCUGAGCAAAACGAGGACGUUGAUGUUACGUACCUGCCUGUUGAUCACGAUGGUUUGGUUGAUCUUGAGAAGCUUGAGGAAGCUAUAAGGCCUGGGGAGACGGUCUUGGUCAGCGUUAUGGCUGUCAAUAACGAGAUUGGUGUUGAACAACCACUUAAGAAGAUUGGCGAGAUAUGCAGAAAGCACGGUGUCUACUUCCACACAGAUUGCGCUCAGGCUGCUGGGAAGAUACCUUUAGAUGUCAAUGACAUGAAUAUUGACUUGAUGAGUAUUUCUGGUCACAAGGUGUACGGUCCUAAAGGGGUCGGCGCCUUGUAUGUGAGACGACGUCAUCCCCGUGUUCGUAUGAGACCAAUUAUCGAUGGUGGUGGACAGGAACGUGGUCUGCGGUCGGGUACGCUGGCUACUCCUAAUGUGGUUGGUUUUGGUGCUGCUUGUGAGAUAUGCCAGAAGGAGAUGGACAGGGACAAGGAGCAUGUGUCGAGGUUGGCCAGGAAGCUCUUGGAUGGUAUCAGGGGGCAUCUACCUAAAGUCAUCCUCAAUGGAAGCGAAACGGAGAGAUAUUUUGGUAAUGUAAAUUUAUCGUUCUCUGCAGUAGAGGGCGAGUCGUUGCUGAUGGCCUUGAAUAAGGAUCUCUGUGUAUCUAGUGGUUCAGCAUGCACCAGUGCUAGUCUGGAGCCUAGUUAUGUUCUCCGAGCUAUUGGUGUUGGUGAUGAUCUCGCUCACACGAGUUUGAGGUUUGGUAUUGGUCGUUUUACCACAGAUGAGGAGGUUGAUAAUGCUAUUGCUAAGGUCAUUGAGCAGGUGACAUACCUACGUGAGUUGUCACCAUUAUGGGAGAUGAUGAUGGAAGCUGAAGAGAGCGGCGAGCCUCUACCCAAGGUCACCUGGAGUUAAAUGCCUAGGUCGUCUUUAGUAGUAGUGGUUCACAUUCCUGUUCAUGUUUUACUGUCAUCGAGCCUAUCAUAACUUCACAUUCGUAAAAUACUUUUCAC